AUGCUCCGUCAGAAACCCACGGCCAUUGCAGUAACGACUGAAGAUAUUUCUGCCUUUGAAGAAGCAAGAAUUCGAAAGCUAAAUGAGGACAAGAACAAGCAUCCCGAGCAAAACAGAGGCAGCUCUAAUGUCAACUUCGACCCGAACGAUGAGCUAAAGCCUCUUCCUGGUGACAAAGCGAGAAUUGUUCGAUCUCGUGAGGAGCGAAUUGGAAUUGGCCGUCGUAAUUGA